CAGGAAGAUUUUUCUCCCAGCAAGGGUGGAUGAAGGGCGUAACUGCUACUGAAGGAGGAAUUUGAAGAAAGCCUGAUGACAACAAAAACAAACUUUGCUGUGACAGUGGGAUCUAUAGUUGUCCCUUAUGGGCACGUGAUUGGAAAUGAGAAGUGGCGAGGGUCAGAGAUAGCCCAAAGGCUACAAGGGAAAGUUAGACUCGCCUUCGAAGAUGGCUUGGGACUGGUGGACUUUCUUCUUUCAAACAGAACUUGCAUUUUAUUUAUUUCUGAAGCAGAUUUGGUUGCAGGGGAUGAAUUCAAACGAAGACUGGUUAAGUUUCGAAAUGCCAGCAGUCUUAGGGGAAUUGUAAUUGUAGAGAAAACCCAAAUCAGUGAUCAGUACUACUUAGGAGUACAAAAACUUGUCGUACUCGAACUUGGAAUGGUGUUGCUUCCUGUGGCAAAUCAAGGAGAAGCUUCUCAGCUUAUUGUCCAACUAGUGCGGGAGCAGGGCCGGGAGGGCGGUGCCAACCCCUUCGUUCGCCGGCAGCGCGCUGGGCUGGCCGAGCCUGCAGCGCUCCGGAGCGUGCAGCACAUCCCCGGCGUCGGGAAAGCAAAAGCUCUGCUUUUACUGCGGCGCUUCGGAAGCAUCCACGGGCUUUGUAACACGGCCGUCACUGAGCUUGAGCAAGUAGUUGGACAAACAGCAGCACAGCAAAUUUAUACGUUUUUACACUCCUGA